AUGUCCAACAAGAAAAUCAGCAUUACAUCUAGCAAUCCUAUUUCAAGAUACACAGAUCGUAAGGUAUUGGCUUCACAAACCUACCAGAAAAUCAGCAUUACAUCUAGCAAUCCUAUUUCAAGAUACACAGAUCGUAAGGUAUUGGCUUCACAAACCUACCAGGCAAUCUUGGAACAGAGAACUUCUUUUGCUAGGCCCUACAUUAAGGAUGGGAAGAACUGUUCAUGGUGGAUGAUUGACCUUGGUUCAUUUACAGAGGAAGCUAUUGGAAGAGAGGGUCUGACUAUGCAAUUUGUUCCAGUGAAUGCAACUACUAGUAGAGGACUGGAGGUUGUUGUCAGAUUCCUUCAAGAAUACUAUAAUGAAAAGAAAACUAUCCACCAGUACAAUGUGAAAAAGUCUUAUCUCAGUCUAUUACAAAGACAAUGUAUGAGAGUAACAUUCAUAAGGGAGAUGAUGAACUUAGAGGUUUACGACAUGCUAAUGGCAAUAUCAACUUUUACUAAUGGUAGACAACAAGUGAAGAAGUUGAAUUGGACAUAA